AUGAAAAAACGCCUUGUCACAGCCAGUACAGAUCCCAACGGAUUAUUGCCCUUUGUUCCUAACGAUUUAUCCUCUCAAAUUCCUCCAAAACCGUGGGUUUCUGACCCUCGUCAACCUUUCCCCACCUCUAUAGUCUCCCAAUUAGUCGCUAAUAUGCCUACUUCCUCAAAAACUGAGCAUAUUCCUUCAAAUGGAGAUGAAAAUCGCGAUUCCCCUGGUUUUACUUCUCCAAUGAUGAAUAAUCAAAGUCGGUACAUCUCUCCUAAAAAGUCCGAUUUAAUUGGUCAGACGUCUUUCAACACUAACCAGCUUAUUGAAGCCAUUUUGCACAAUUCUCAACUUGAUGGGCGUGGUGCAACGGCCCAACAACAUGAUCUUGGCCAAGUUUUACUGGAAAUGGUGAAAUCUCAGCAGCAGCAGCAGCAGAUACUUUCCCAGUCUACUGAUCCCCAAACCGCAAAUCGACCUAUUCCACCUAGAGCAACUCCUGAUAAACUUCUAAUUACUUCAAGAAGUCCCCCGCUUAGAUCACCAUCAGAAACUAUUCGUGGAUUUGUUGAUGGAAAUCAUUCCAAACCAAGGAAUUCCUAUUCUCAUUCUCCGGUUAUUCAAUCUCCCCCUCCUCAUUCUAUUCCUCCUGCUCCUAUAUCAUCACUUUCGGUGAAUAGCGUCUCAUCUAGAAAUCAACCCCAGCCAUUACAAAUUCGUCCACCUAAUGUUAAUACGGAUUACAAUGCAACAACGUCAGCAUUGUAUAAUCAAUUUCUCUGCAUGAUGGCGCAACAACAACAGCAGCAAAUUCGUGGACAGCACCAGGCCUCCCAAAUCUCGUCUCAAAUUUCACUUCCAUCGCAUUCGGAAAGCGAGAAGAUGCCCACCACCUUGGUUGGAUAUCCAAAAGUUGGAAUGCCAUCGAAUAAUAGGACUCCGACGGGAACAAAAUAUGAUUCCUACGCUUCACAACUUCGUCCCCCCUCUCACGAUCCAUACAUUCGAGCAGUUCCUCCCACUUACUAUCCUUCCUGGACAUCCUCUUCAAAUUCCACCAAUAAAAUGGAGCUUUCAACAUCAUCUUCAGCCCCAGGAGGGUCUAUUUAUUCUACAAUCGAUAUUCUCCGAGAGUCCAAACAGGUUUCAGAAUCUGUCAAACCGACAAAUAAGAUGCUAACAACAUCAGGGGUCUUCUAUCCAGAGAAACAGACUGUUCCGCCUCUACCUCCUCAGCCACCCCAGCCCCAACAACCAUUGAUUAAUAAUCAAUCUGAUGCUGUUGAUCACCAUUUUCGAAUGUCAUUGGGAAAUAGCAAGACUGGGUUAUCCGCUGGAAUUAAAUCUGAAGCUCUCAACCAUCAUCCACCGCCCCUAGUUGAUUUAACGAUUGAAAAGAAACCUUCCAAAAAGAAUCAUUUAAACUACUCGGGAGUCGGCGUUGGAGUUUCAUCGUGCUCCUCCUCCUCAUCAAUUAGUUCCAUGUCUGUUUUGGAUCGGGAUGCUGCGUCACCAAAUCGAAAACCGCCUUUUCUACUACCUCCUCCCAAAACUGAGAAUAGAAUUAAUAGUGAGGCUUGUAGUUUCUCUCUGAAAAAGAGGCUGAUUCAGCGCUACCAAGCUGACGCGACUACAGAACAGGCGUCUGAAUGCGUUAAACAAGAACAACCUCUGUCACAAAUUGCGAUUAAACAGGAGAAUUCGGUGAAAUUGGAGCCCUCUUCUCCUCUUAAUCAUGUUUCCCUUGGAGACUCGGUAAAAGUAAAAGACGAGCACAACUUACCUCGUGGACAUGAAUCCCCAGGAUCUACGGUGAGUGGCCACUCAACCAUGAAUGGAUCUCUACCUGUGGACACUUUAAAAGAGACUUCUAAAAGCGGAACUAACAAUACGGCUCGUCGACAUCCUCCCGUUAGAGCUUCAAAGAUCAAUCCGCUGAGUUCUCUGAAUGAAUCCUCUAUGUCUCCUUCCAGUACUUCUUCUCCAGGGAAACGGCCUCGUGGAAGCGCGGCUAAGCACCACACUGGACUCACCUCUGUACGGAAACGACCUCCUGCUUCUACUGGAAAUGAUCCUUCGAUGACGGCAAGUUCGAAGCAUGUUCGAGGAAAGACCACGAAGCCGAAAUUCUACAGUAGUCGUGUCGCAUCUUCGGCUGCAACUAAUGAUACAACUGUUAAUAACAACGCUGGCCGAAGGAAUCGAGUUACAUCUCUUCGAUCCACCACCGAUCAGACCCAUUCGGAGUUUGAUUUCAAUGGACAGGAUGACGAUGAGGUGCCAGAGGUUUCUGUUUCUACGGAAACGGGCAAGACAAAUCGGCGGUGGUUUGGAUCUAGAAAACGGAAAUCGAACAUCCCUGCUGCCGGUCCAUUGUUGCGUAUUAAAGUCCCACGUAGGUUAAUGUAUGAGGAUGAAGCUUCUCGAACGACGAAACGACCUCGACAGUCGCAACAAAGAAAUCAGUUGUUGCCGAAUAAGCAAAAUGACAGUAAUGGAAAGAAUGCCAGUUUUUCUGAAGACGAAGAAGCUAAUCAGUCGGAAGGAUCUAAUGAUGAUGAUCUUGAAAAGACUAUUCGAGCUGAACAGGAUGAUGAACAGGAUCAAGACGAGGAUUGUGGUGAUGAUGAGGGAGAAUCUAUUGCGUGUCAUCGAUGUGGACAACUUGUCAAACUCCUCAAAGCCGGUCGAAGCACCGAUCCAUAUGAUUAUCACUGCACAUAUGAGAAUAAGUUGUCGAUUCAGGAGAUUGCGAAACGUCUUCCGGCUCCGCCAAACCUUGCCAUACUGUCGCAUCGUUCGCUCUGUGGGGGCGAAUUAGGAGGUCAAGAUACUGACGACACUAGCUCUGAAUCCGAAGUUCCCUUCCUUCAGCUGAACAGUUGCACGGAGUUGGAGAAACUCAAGCCAUCUUCCCGGUGUAGAGCUUGUCGAGAGGCUAGUCGAGUUUCAUCGACAACAACUGUGGAAACAAAUUCAAACUCCGAUGUAAAUCACGGACCUACUUCGGAUAAGAAUGGUUCACGAAGACGGGGAAUCAAUAAUCGGAAUAAUUCCAAUAAUGCCAAUUCACGAGGUAAUCAUGACAAUGAAGGGGAUUCUAAAGCCGCUGCUGCUACUAUCUCCGUGUUUUGUCGAUUCUGGGGCUUUAGAAAGCUCUUCUAUGAUCAAAAGGGACAACUGAAUGUGUCGGACUUUUGCCGUACGUCUGAAGCGGACUCCGUGGAUCGAUCGCUUUGGACUAUGCAUCGGCAUGUUUCCCCACCCCUUAGUCGGCACAACGCAAUCUACUGUCUGGAUCGUCUAGGUGCAAUCGCAUGCCGCCUUAUGCUCUCCGAGCUUUCAAUUCUCUCCUCUUCAGCCGCUCUUGGCAGUACAGUCCUGCGUCAAUGUUGUCCUCCUUCGCCUCCUUCCGAGACCAACAAAAAGUCUUCCUCUACGCACUCCACACCCUCCCGUCUUGUGGCCUGGAAGCGACCGGUUCAAGGUGUUCGAGAGAUGUGUGAUGUCUGUGAGACCACCAUGUUCAACUCCCACUGGGUUUGCACAAAAUGUGGCUAUUCGGUGUGCUCGGCCUGCUACUAUGCCAAAGCAAAUGCUCUGCCUUCGAGCAAAUUGGCGAAGGAUAGUCCGGAUCCCCUUGGGGAUGCAACGUCCAGUGUGGCCUCAACGACUCACGAAAGUGUUGCAGAUGAUGAUUGCGUUAAAAGCUUAUCUUCUGCAGUUAUUGAGUUGAGCUAUGAGGAUUAUACCGUCCGUCAACCCUGGUCGACUUGUUCAGCAAGUCGACGUCCACACGAUCCUUCCAAAAUGAUGCUCACUGCUCUUCUCCCCUAUGGAAGUCUUCACUAUCUGUGGCAUCGUCUCCAUCGCAUAGUUCCACGUUUAGAUUGCCCCUGUAGUCAGUCGUCAUCAAAUCACUCCGAUCCACUAAAUCCAAUUUCCUCUAUUGAGGGACAGCAUUCACCAGCAUCUUCAACAGACACCUCGGCAGCGACGUCCCUUGACCUUCUGGCUGAUUUAGCGUUGAAAUCAACUACUUCAAGUGGUGGUUCUCCUGAAGGUGAUAUACCGAACAUGGAUGUGCAAAUGCUGGACGUAAGCGAUGGAAGACGAGAGCCGAAUCUGAAGGCGGGAGCUUCGGGAGUGCUUUACCUCAAAGAUGGAGAUUCUACGAACUUGAAGGCUUUCCAGCGUCAUUGGGCAACAAACCAACCCGUUUUGAUCUCCGGUUGUGGUCGAAACUUCAAUUCCUCCCUCUGGACAGCCAAGUCCCUAAGUAGAGAGAACGGAUCUGGUUCAAAUAACUCUCAAAUUGUCCUAAUUGAUUGUGAGACCCAUUUAAUCGUUCUCCGAUAUCCGAUCCGUGCCUUCUGGGAGGCUUUUGAGUCGCAUCCAAACAGUAAUAGUACUAAACGCUCAUCAAAGGAGAAGGCACCUCAUUUUCUGAAGGUCCGUGAAUGGCCACCAGCGGGUGAUUUAUCAGAAGCUUUUCCCGAUCGAUAUGCCGAUUUCACCGAGCACCUCCCACUGCCUGAGUAUACGCAUCGUGAAGGCCAACUGAAUCUCGCUGCUCGACUACCCUCUUUCUUCGUUAGACCGGACCUUGGACCUCGUCUCCACAUUGCUCACGAUCUCACCUCGCAACCAAAAAUUGGAACAAUGAACCUCCGUGUGGACGUGACCGACGUGAUCAAUGUGCUGAUGCACGCCACUCGUUCUAUGGAUCAGGUUCCACCGAAGGGCUCUGAGUCUCAACUGCGAGCGUUUCUUCGCCAGGCUGGUGUUGAUCUCAACGAGGUGUUCCACGCGAAAAGUCCCAUCAACCCUACCUCUAAUCGUGGUAUGUCACCAUUCUCCGUUAUCAUAAAGAUUAAUUGA